CCGGUUCCUGCUGAAAAGUAAGGAGCUGGACAGGAAGUAGAACUCUGGGAUUUGAGGCUGGACAUGCCGCAACAAUCUUGUCCAGCUCAGGAGAUGGAAGCUGAAAAGAAAAGAGAGAGACAACGCAAGUGGCAGUAGCUAAAAGAAAAGUGGCAGUAGCUAACUGGUAGGUUUGACGGACUCAGGGUCUUCGCUAAUGGCGGUCAAGCUAAGAUAAAGCGUGAGUGACAAUGCAAGUAUGUGGAUGUAAUGGCGCUGUUAAAUUGUUUUUAAAACCCUGGGGCCUGAACUAGCUGAGUGAGUAUCCAACUCAAAGCUCACAGUUCACACACCAGUACAACACCCGGCAAAACCAAGGAGAUCGAAAAGGCUGCUGUAUUCUGCGCUCCAGCCGAGCAGAGGUGUCAUGUGCCUUGUGUGUCUCUCCAAGCAGCUGGGAAAACUCGCCAUGCUUAUACUAUUGGCAUUGCUGCUCCUGUGCUAUGGAGCUGAAAACGUCUAUUGUGUUCAUGAUAACAGCACGGAUCUGCACUCACUGCUCGAUUUCAAACAAGACAUCACCAACGAUCCUAAUGAGGCCUUGAGUUCUUGGAACACCGACACCCACUAUUGUAGGUGGAAGUAUGUCACAUGCACCCAGACGCGACCAUGGCGCGUCUCGGGGCUCAACCUCACUGGUCAAAGCUUGUCUGGCUCAGUCACCACUUCCCUAGGAAACCUAACGUUCCUUAAUACACUCGACCUCUCCGUUAACAACCUCUUCGGUCAGAUACCUCCUCUUCAUCAACUCCAACAAUUGAAAAUUCUUGUUCUGAAAAAUAACUUACUACAGGGGAUUAUUCCUGAUACACUUACAAAUUGUUCAAAUCUUUCAACACUCGAUCUCUCUGGAAACAUGCUAGUGGGUGCCAUCCCCCGCAAUAUAGGUUUCCUUUCCAAUCUUCAAGUUUUAAACCUUGGUUCCAAUAAUCUCACCGGGACCAUACCGCUAACCCUCAAGAACAUUACCAACUUAGGAUUUCUCCUUUUGUAUACAAACAAACUUAAAGGAAACAUUCCUGAUGAGCUUUGGGAACUCCCUCAUACUGCAGCAUUGUUCCUUUUUGAAAAUAGGCUUUCAGGUAGCAUCCCAUCUACCUUGCCUAAUCUGACUUCUCUUCAAGUAUUAGACUUGCACUCGAAUAUGUUAGGCAAAGAACUUCCAUCUAACAUUGGUGACGCCCUCUCUAAUCUUGUAAUGCUUGACGUUCACCAUAACAUUUUUGAAGGUCAAAUCCCUGCUUCAUUUGGCAAUGCAAAAAGCCUAGAAAUCAUAGAUUUAUCGGAAAAUUACUUUACUGGCCAAAUUCCUAGUACUUUUGGCAAGCUUGUAUAUCUGAACUAUCUAAAUCUUCAGACAAACAAUCUUGGAGCAGAAGAUAAUCAAAACUGGGAAUUCCUAGAGGCAUUGAGCAGUUGCAGACUUCUGCAGGCGCUCUCACUAUUCAACAACCAGUUACAAGGAGUCUUACCAGAUUCAAUAGGUAAGCUGCCCACCGGUCUUCAAAAACUAGACUUAAGUACAAACAACUUAUCAGGAACAGUUCCCUCGAGCAUAGGGAAACUUAUAGGUUUAAAUACACUGGACUUAAGUAAGAACAAUUUCACUGGUUCAAUUGAAGAAUGGGUCGGAAGCCUUACAAAUUUACAAGGUUUAAAUCUUGAUGCAAACAAGUUCAUUGGCCCGAUUCCAUCUUCCAUUGGUAACCUUCGGUUGACAAAGCUUGUUCUGUCCCAAAAUGGAUUUGAAGGUUCCAUACCCACCAGCAUCAGAAAUCUUCCACUUCUCCAGUUAAACCUUAGUUAUAACAAAUUGCAAGGUAACAUACCUAUAGAGGUUUUUAGUGUCACCACAAUGACCACAUGUGCGUUAUCUUACAAUAAUUUAGAAGGUCCAAUACCUCCAGAGGUUAGUAAUCUCAAACAACUAGCUGAACUACAUCUUUCUUCAAAUAAGCUUUCCGGAGAAAUUCCUAGCACUAUACGUGAAUGCCAAGGCUUGCAAACCAUCAAAAUGGACAAUAACCUUCUCACAGGAAACAUUUCAAGGUCUUUUGGCACAAUAAAGGGCCUGGUCUUGCUCAAUCUAUCACACAACAAUUUGUCAGGCUCCAUCCCAAUAGAACUUGGUAAUCUCCAUUUUCUAGCUCAGCUUGACCUGUCUUACAAUCAUCUCGAAGGAGAAGUUCCAAUAAGUGGAGUAUUUGAAAAUGCUACAGCUGUCUCACUCAAUGGCAACUGGGACCUCUGUGGAGGAGAACCAUAUCUACAUAUGCCCUCAUGUCAUCAUGUCUCUCCGAGAGCAAGAAGGCAAUACUACUUGAUCAGAGUAUUGAUCCCAAUAUUUGGCUUCAUGUCACUCAUAUUGUUGAUAUAUUUUAUACUCCUCGAAAAGAAGAUCCCAAGAAGUAGGCAUGUGUCAUCGCUAUCGUUGGGUGAGCAUUUCCCAAAAGUUUCUUAUGAAGAUUUAGUUCAAGCCACAGGGAACUUCUCUGAGUCUAACCUAGUUGGAAAGGGAAGCUAUGGUUCCGUAUACAGAGGGAAGUUAGUCCUAUCUAAAUUGGAGGUGGCUGUGAAGGUUCUUGACCUUGAGAUGCGAGGUGCAGAGAGAAGUUUCCUGUCCGAAUGUCAAGCGUUAAGAAGCAUUCAGCAUCGAAACCUUCUUGAUAUCAUAACAGUAUGUUCCACGUUAGACGCCCAAGGCAAUCCUUUCAAGGCUCUAAUUUAUGAAUACAUGCCUAACGGGAACUUAGACACAUGGCUGCAUCACAAGGGGGACAGGAAAGAUACAAAUCGUCUAAGGUUAUCUCAAAGAAUAAGCAUUGCUGUUAACAUAGCAGAUGCACUGGAGUAUUUGCACCAUGACAGUGGUAGAUCCAUUAUUCAUUGUGAUGUGAAGCCAAGUAAUAUCCUCCUAGAUGCCGACAUGAAUGCUCAUUUAGGAGACUUCGGCAUUGCAAGGUUCUACCUCGAUUCUAAGUUGGCCUCAGCCGAAGCUUCGCGUGACAGUAACUCGAUUGCUGUGAAGGGAACUAUAGGGUAUAUAGCUCCAGAGUAUGCUGGAGUUCGCCAAGCAUCGACUUGUGGUGAUGUCUACAGUUUUGGAGUUUUACUUCUAGAGAUGUCAACUGGCAAAAGACCAACAGAUCCUAUGUUUCUUGACGGGCUUAACAUUGUGAGCUUCGUGGAGAAGUACUACCCAGAACAGAUAUUACAUGUCACCGAUGCUUCUGUCCAAGAAGAAUACAGGGCUUGCACUCAAGAAAAAAUUGUGCCAGAAAAUGCAGUCUACCAAUGCCUGUCGUCUCUACUACAAGUGGGACUUUCUUGUACGCGUCAAUUCCCUAGUGACCGAAUCAACAUGAGAGAAGCAGCCAUGAAGAUGCGUGACAUCGAGACAACGUACGGCAGAUAUAGAAAGUGAAGUGCGCGUCAUAUGAGAAUAGCUGAUUAGUGUGGUCUACCAUUGAAUGGAAAUAUAUAUAAAAAAAAUAGUAUACCGCUAGACCUGAGUAUAUGUCUGUGACCCAAUCUUAAUCAGGGUCCACCAAAAUCAAUGGCUAGUUGUUUUCCUUUUUGUGAGCAUUUCCAGCCUAUUUCUUAUUUUCUUAGUGACCGUAGAGGGUUGAUCAUCUCCUAUUAUUAUACAAUACAUUUACGAAUGAAUCAAACCUUUGUAACUCAUUAUUGAAACUAGCAAGGUGUCACACAA